AUGAGACGACUGGAAGGUUCUUCGCGCGCUCCAGUACGAUCUUCGCGUUGUGUUGGACAACGUGAUAUACCAGGCGAAGGCCCGUGCUACGUCUACGAGGAUGGCACCUAUUGCCGGGCUAUAAUAGACGGCGAAGCGGUCAAUCCUUCAUGGGGUAUCACAAAGGCCGGUAAACCUCGAAAGCGACUUGCGCAAGCUUGCCUGACCUGUCGAGAGAAGAAGAUCAAAUGCGAGCCCGGAUAUCCAAAGUGUCACCAAUGCUCCAAGUCGCAAAGGGUGUGCAGAGGUGGACUCAACCAAAGCAAUGCAUCCGGCGAGACCUCACCGUCGAAUUCCGCUCCGCUAUUUAAGAAUCCGUCGUCCGAAGUCCUAAGUCCUGCGGCAACCUCAGACAGAAACAAAGCUCCUGGAGAGCUGCGAGACUCAUCAAGAAAGGUCGACACGUGGAACGCCGGAACCCCUUUCAGAUCUCGAAAAUUCCGUCCCAACACUGCUACAGAUCCAAGAGACAUGUCGGUGCAGUCAUACGAUUCGGAUUGGAGCGGCUCCGCAAACGACCAGGGCUCGGGCGACCCUGUACGCGGCUCUUAUUCUGACUACCUUGCCCUCCAAUGGGAACAGGAUCCUUUUGAAACAGACCCCGGACUUACCAUGCGUCUAUUGGACCUUUAUUUCCUUCACGCCGGUAGCGCAACGUACGCCAUGUUUCCUCGUCGACCUUUCCUCGCAUGGGUAGAGAACAAUCGCGAUAAGAGUCAGGACCAUCUGAUGCUCCUAUAUUCCGUCCUUGCGAUGGGCUCUCUCUUCUCGGCUGGUGAGGACAGGGGAGCUUUAGGGAAAAAGUUUACUGCUGUCGCUUCAUACGCAGCAGAAAAACGGUUCGGCAAAUUCAGUCUGCAGUUGUGCCAGACUCGACUGAUGCUUGCGCUCUACAACUUCGCUCGAGGCAAAUCACAGGAGGCGUGGGACUAUUGCGGUGCUGGUUUGCGAGCGCUUAUUGCACUGAAAUUGAACUCUGAAGAAGGUAUUAAAGAGCUGGCCGAUAGCAACGCCGAUCUGGACUAUGGAUUUGAUCGUCAAACCUACGCAGAAUGCUGCCGCCGCACUUUCUGGUCCGGAUUCCUGAUGGAUGUAAGUCACGAUAUCGUGGACACUCCAACAUCCGUUGACAUGUUGCAACAACAGCGAUACAAUGGUUUCUUUGGAGGAACUCCCUUUGUGAUCAACCUGGAGGAUGCCUUCGUUAAACUUCCAUGCCUGGAUAGCAUGUACGACGCAUCAACCCCGUGCGAUGCACCAUUCUUCGACGAGGAACUUCUGAGCGCAAGCGCUAUACCCCAUUCUGUUCUAGGGAAUACGGCAUACCUAUGCCUAAUAUCGGCACUAUGGGGUGACGUGCUUACCUUUACGAGUCGUGCUGCGCGCCGCCCGGACAGUGCCUACGAACAACACUAUGACAUCUUCUAUACAAAGAUGAACGAAAAGCUGAACGCCUGGCAUGAUAUGUUGCCAGAGAACCUUCAUUACACCCCGCAGAACCUGGACAAAGGCUUUGCUGAUGGAUAUGCGGGCACAUUUUUGUCGAUGCACGCUUUGUAUUACGCUACAAUCAUCCGACUCAAUCGUCAGGUGAGAGUUAACGUACUGCCAGUGGACAAAAUACGCCGAAAUUUGGAGCGGUCAAUACGUAUGGCGUCUAACUUCCUAUCGAUGAUGCUUUCACAAGCUCCCGUCAACCGCCACCGACGUCCUACACCCACCGUCGCACCAGAAUUCUCUUUCUCGACACCUUUCCCUGGAUACGUGCUCAUGCUUUCGGUUGAUGUAUUGACGUCUGCGGGGCUCGUUUCGUCACUGCCGACCUUCAUCGAGACACUCAAUACGACACUGACGUGCAUCGACGAAUUGACGGGCUUUUGGGCGUCUGCAAAGGCGCAGCAGAAGAUGAUCUCGAAUCGCAUCAAACAGCUGACGGAAAUUGCCGCACAAGAAGGCCAAGGCAUAAGAAACGGAAAUUACGGGAAAUUCUGGAGGAUCAGCAACAGUCUAGAGACGGCAUUCGGAAACGAUGAUGCGCUGUACAAGACUGAAGAUCAAUUGCUUUUCGGAGUUGUUGGUCAGCUUACGGGUCAGUAA